UCUCCCUCACUCCUACAUACAGCCUAGUCUAUUUAAAGAAUUGCAAGCAAACACACAGACUAAUAAUGGCGUCUUUCCAGGCAGAUGUACCAGCUGUUUUCAUCCCGUGCUUUUAGUGCUGCAGCAAAAUCAUUUCUCGCAGACACAGCGGCAGCUUCACCACAGUUAGCAUUUGCAAUACAUUAUCGUUGCAUGGUAAAAUUGAGGCAGUGAUGACAGAGAAGUUACAGAGAAAAUGGACGUCGCCCAGUUGCUUGGUGUAAAUCGGAGAGGUUGAUUUUUCUUUCCUGUUGCAUUGUAGAUGGAAACGGCUUCAACAAAUUCCUUUCUUCUCCCUGUCCUGGAUUGAGUGAUAGAUACCAGGAGGUGUCACAUACCACAGUUACUUUCGUCUAGUUAGCGAAGAUACAGAUUUCACUCACAAUGACUACAGCAAGAUAUAGGCCUACUUGGGAUUUGGCGCUGGACCCCCUAAUGUCCUGUAAACUGUGCCUUGGAGAAUUUCCGUUGGAGCAGAUGACAACAAUAACCCAGUGUCAAUGCAUCUUCUGUACACUGUGCCUAAAACAGUAUGUGGAACUCCUGAUCAGAGAGGGCCUGGAAGUGGCUAUUAGCUGUCCCGAUGCUGCCUGUCCGCAACACGGUCAUUUACAAGAAAACGAGAUUGAGUGCAUGGUGGAAGAAGACAUUUUGCAAAGAUAUAAGAAGUUACAGUUUGAACGAGAGGUUCUGUUGGAUCCUUGUCGGACCUGGUGCCCGUCCUCCUCCUGUCAAGCCGUGUGUCAGCUGAAUGAAAUGGAGCCCCCUGCCUUGCAGCUGGUCCAGUGCACAGCCUGUAACCUGGAGUUCUGCUCUGCCUGCAAAGCAAACUGGCACCCUGAGCAGGUCUGCCAAGAGAAUGUGCCUGUGACAUCAUUCCUUCCAGGAGAAACAAGUUCAUCCUAUAAGAGUGAUGAAGAUGAUGCUCCGAUCAAGAGGUGUCCGAAGUGCAAAGUCUAUAUCGAACGUGAUGAAGGCUGCGCCCAAAUGAUGUGCAAAAACUGUAAACAUGCCUUCUGCUGGUACUGCCUGGGGUCUCUGGAUGAUGAUUUCCUAUUGAUACAUUAUGACAAAGGACCUUGUCGCAACAAACUUGGACACUCCAGGGCAUCUGUAAUCUGGCACAGAACACAAGUGGUUGGUAUUUUUGCUGGGUUUGGUCUGUUGCUGUUGGUGGCCUCUCCCUUCCUCCUUCUGGCCACUCCAUUUGUCUUGUGCUGCAAAUGCAAAUGCAGCAAGGGUGAUGACGACCCACUGCCUACCUAGUUGGCCGGCUGUUUUCUAUUUGGAGCGCUUUGUUUCUAUUCACCAGCACUGUUUCAGCCUUACCUGGUCCAUCUUGCUUUACAGUACCAGCUCCAGUGCUCUGCUUUCCGGAAAGGCAUUAGAGACUGGAUCAGUUCUGAAAGGAAGAGUGCAGAGACAGAACGAACAUCAGUUAAGUGGCAAAUAAAAUGUACUGUGAAAGGUCCCUUAGGAGAAUCUGAACGAAAGGUGUCUAGCAGCACAGUUAUGGAAAGAGGUACAGGUGUUGCAAGGGGUGCUGGUAGCUAUUCAUUUUCCAGCUUGGACAAUGAUAUGGGGGAGGGGAAGCCCAACAAAAAACCCAGCACAAAGUUAUAGUUUCACUUUGUUUUUGUAUAAGAUCUCUGUGAAUCACAACUAAAUGAAACAGUUCCAUUAAACAAACAAAGCCAUCUUUUUUUUUUUUUUCUUUUUCCUUGAACCAUAUGAUAAAUAGUAGGAAGCAAGUGUAUUUUUAAAGUGUUUUACCUUCAUGUAUUUAACCCUUUUGAAGUGCAUUUUUAACCCUCAAGUCAGAAUGACUCUGAUACUGUCACAACAAAGAGACUGGCAUGUUUGUGUAAACUUGCUUCUAAAAGUCCUAAGGAUUAGGAAGCUUCACUUUACAGUCAGACUUUAUAGCUGACUAGUAGUAUUCACCCUACUUUUAAUUCUGAGGUUUGUUUUCAGUACAGUAACAGUGAUUACAAAGCUAAGCAUUGACGCACAUGUUGCUUAUUGUUUUUACAAUGCUAAGUUAAUCUGCAUUAUAUCAGUUCAUUUGGGUUUGAGACCUCCAAUUGUAAAUAGGACUGAAUAUUUCUAAAUAACGUUUGAGGGGGAGGGGGAGGGGGAGGGGAGGGUAAAAAUUCAGCACCAAUAAACUGCUCAUGCUUUUUUCCUCCUGGUUAUAUUCAUUCAGCCUACCCCAUCUGACCAAAAUACCUCUGUUUUGUUAACAAUCAAUUAAAAAAUAAAUAAAUAGAAAAACACAUUAAACACAGAAACAUGGGUCAUAAGUGCUGGUUUUCUGUUUUUUCUUGACGCAAUCCACCCUUUAAGUACAUUCUGUACAGUUUCAUUAGUUUAUGUAUAUACUGUACUGUGAAGACAUUUUAUAUGUUUGAAUUUAACCAGUCUAAAUCAUAUUAUUACUGCCUUUCGGUGCUGAUAUUGUAUUUACCUUUUAUUUAAUGAAAACAAGCAAUUCAUUAUGUAGGGUUGAAGGUCCAUUUUUGUUUAUUAUUAUUUUUGUUGUUGUUAUUAUUUCAAAAAUAACAAUACUGAUCUGUAUAGUCUAGUAUGUGCAUGUACUGUAUACAUCAUCUUUCUCAUCUCCCAUCUUCUGUUUUUAAAGUAUUUAAAGAUUUGCACAGUAUUAUUAUUUAGCAGACACCUUUAUCCAAGGUGACUUACAGAG